AUGGCUCUCUUCCGCCUCUCCCGGCGGUACAGGAGCCUUCGAAAGGACAGCGAAGGAACCGAACUAAAAGAUUCACCGGUCACAUCGCAUCCCCUAGAUGGCGACGAUGCUCCUUUCAAUUUCGAACCGGGCAUCCCUGACACAGUGAGCUCACCGGAGCGGUUGGAUACGCAUUGGAAUCCUCCAUUUCUUAGGCUUUGGGUUCUUGCCACCUUCGCCGUCUUCUUCAUUGGGGUUAUUGUUGGGUUGCAGGCUGUGUACAGCGUCUCCGUCAACCAUGACGGGAUCGCGCGGACUGAUGAUAACAAGCAUUACCUGUGGACAUACGGCCCAACCGCAUUGUUUGUCCUCGUCACUGUCCUCUGGCGCCAGGUCGACUAUUCAGCCAAAUCAAUUCAGCCAUGGGCUGAAAUGGCCAAGGGUCCGCAGCCGGCCACAAACAGCCUCUUGUUAGACUAUGUCACACCCUUCCAGAUAGUGGCGCUGUGGAAGUCUCUUCGCAGUAGCCACUUCAGCGUGUCUUGCACCAUUGUGGUAUUCUUCCUCCUGAAAGUCAUCACCAUAGUUAGCACCGGUAUUUUCAGCUUGCGUUCCGUGCAACGAGACGAUGUUGGAACCCCAAUGGCGAUCAACAACACCUUCGAAGGCUCCAACUUUGACCAGGGGGCUUCUGUCGACUCGAGAGCUGCCUAUAUCGUCUUUGGUCAUCAGCAAUACAACGUCAGCCUUCCGACUGGCACAAUCGAUACCUAUGCCGCUCAAAGCUUUCACCCAAGCCAUGGAUUCAUUAAUGGCAGCCUCACCUACUCUGCUUUGGUUGAUGUCUUCAGUGCCAGUCUCGACUGCAAGUCGGGGAAACUUUCCCACACCUCAUCGUUUGAUUCUGGCUCCAAUGCUCCCACUGCGUCCUAUUACAAUACCUCAGUAUCUCUCCCUGACUGCCAGAUCUUCAAUGCCUCCCUCGAUGCUCCAGACUGGUACUAUCAGCCCAACGAUAAAGCCCACCGAUUCGGGUAUCGAGGUCUGUUGCAAAACGUCACCUGUGCGAAUCUGCCUCCCGACGACCCGAAACGAUUGCGCUACAUGGUUGCGGUGGCGUACUCCGAAGGUUUAUCUCAGAAUGAAAACAACAUGAUCAACUCGUCUAACAUUGUGUGCGUUCCCUCAUACUCGAUCCGGCAGGGCAUGGUCACCUUGGAUGCGGCAGGAAAUAUCAAAUCAGUCAAUUUGACUGGUUCCACCCGCCAGCUCGACGGCGUUGAUGGGAACGGCAUCGGAAAUGGUGUGUUGGCAACUGCACAGCAGGCGAGUUCAAUAAUGAGCGACGUCUCGCCCGACUUGGUUCUCGAUAGCUUUAUGACAUUGAUGCAACAAGAAACCGAGGCUUUCGUGCCGGAACAACUCCUUGAUUCCGAAUAUUUGAACAAGGCUGCCAAUACCGUGUUUGGAAAGAUUGCUGCACAGUUGGCUAACCUGUAUCUUCUCAAACCAACCACGUCGGAUCCCGCGCCAACUGUGGAAGGAACGGUGUCCAAAUAUGAGAAUCGCCUGGUCGCACGAGAGGAUCCUAUCAGGGCCAUGCAAGGGAUUGCAGGCGCCAUGCUUCUUAUCACCGUCAUUCUCCUGUUCAUCAUCCCUAGGGGAGUUGUUCCCAGAUCGGUGGAUUCCAUAGCUGCGUUGGCCGCCAUCUUGGCCCGAAGCCCGGCUCUUGAGAUAAGCCUCCGCGGAACAGGUCAUAUGAGUCUUGACCAAAUUGCAACGCUUCUCAGGCCCCAUCGAUACUUUACCCGGGUCGGUUAUGAAGAGGGUGUCCGCUCCUUUUCAAUCCAUGUCACCCCUGCCAGUGAAGAUGAGAAUAACCCGUACCGGGUGAACAUUGAUGCUAAGCAUGAAAAUGUAAAGUGGUCGCGACCUUUUGUCUUGAGAAGGAUCACUAUCUCAUUCGCUAUUUUGGCGUCGAUUGCAACCAUUAUUGCUCUCGAAGUUCUCCUCUCUCAGUCCCAAAAGAACAAUGGCCUGGGUAGCGUCAAUGGCGAUACCGCAACGAGGUACAGCUGGCUUUAUGCCCCUGUGCUUGUCUUUCUGCUUUUGGGAACUCUUUUCAACAUUCUCGAUUUCGAGAUUGAAUUCGUCGAAUCGUAUCAUGCACUUGCGAAAGGGUACUGCAAUGCGAAAUCGAGUUUGUUGUGGAACCCGACACGCCACGUUUCAGUCCAUGCCACUUGGAACGGCCUGAAGCACAAUAGAUUCGCUCUGACCGCAGCCUCGGCCUCGGCCAUCCUCGCCCCAUUUUUGACAAUUGUGGUUUCAGGGCUCUUCUCUACCAAGGCCACCCUUCAUCUCUCUCCUGUCCAGGUCACAGCUCUGAACUGGUUCAAUACUACCACACUGAUGAGCCCUUCGACAAACAUACCAGCUCUAGUCAUCGAAGGCAACAUGUCGUAUCCGCAGUGGACAUAUGAUGAGCUCGCAUUUCCGAAACUGGAGAUCGUCCAGAACAUCACAUCCCAAGGUGAACCAGGUGUUGUGUCUGUGGACACACCCGCCUUGAGAGGGGCGGCGACCUGCUACGCAGUUCCCCAAGACCGGUUGUUAGAGACCACCGUCCUGGGCGGCUACUUAACCAGUAACAUAUCCACCCCUGACGGAUGCGGCAACUCGGGCUUCAUCGACCAGCCGUAUCUGUGGCUUACGAACUCCUUGCCAAUUCCCGUGAACAGCUCCGGAUACUUUGGCCAAACACUAACCUUGGGCUUUGGGGCCCCGUCCUGUCCGACGCUGGCUCUCUACUAUGGCCAUGCCUCGGACAACAGAGCUGACAGUUUUGGCGCCAUCCUUUGCACACAAUACCUCGAGCGGGUUCAGGCAAAUGUGACUCUCCAACUUCCGGACUUGUCCAUCAGCACUGAACCGACAGUUCGUCCUGGCUCUGCGGCAAACUUCUCGAGUUGGUACAUGACUUUUCCGCAAUUCCAAAUUAUGAAUGUUUCCAAUCAAAAAGACGAGUUGGACAACGUGUUUAGCGCCAUGGUCUACGGGCGCGAUGGAGUGCCUGCCGCCGAGCUUCUGAAUGGCACUAAGUUGAUUGAGUCGUACCAACACCUAUACCGGCAGUACAUGGCACAGAUCGCAAGCCUGUAUCUGCGAACAGACUUCUCUACUUUGUCAAACAACGCGACGGAGACGGUCGCCAAUCCACUCCAAGCGACGUAUACCGACCCCAGUCGCCUUCGCCUGGUACAAUCAUCCCUAUCAACACACCUACUCGUCGGGGUCAUGGCAGCCUUGCUCAUCUGUGCGGCUACGAUUUUCAUCACUGUCGACAUGAGAAAUGUCCUACCCAAACCGAUGGGGAGUUUGGCAGCGGUGGCAAGCUUGCUAGCGGGAAGCCGACUCGUGGACGGGAAAUCUGGUUUAACCCCGAAAGGCUCCGAAUUCUGGAGUGACGGUGACUGGGAAAGGAGUGGGGUUUGGCAAGGCCAGAUGUUCCGAAUGGGAUGGUGGGACAAGUUCAAUGAGCCGGCUGAAUCAUGGAGCGCAAGACAACCAGAUAUGGUGGGGGGCACACUGCGAGAUGAUGCAGAAAUCACGUCCGAUCCCGACCUCGUGCCGGCUGGCCGCGCACUGGGGGCUUUCAGGAUUGAUGCACGUCCGACCAUAGUUGCAUGA